CAGCAACAACAGAAGCAGCAGCAGUAGCAGCAGCAGCAGCAGUAGCAGCAGCAGCAGCAGUAGCGAUGGCGUUCGGCAGACAUCUGUGUUGCGCGUGCCUUCUCGCUCUGCUACUAACGAAGGCCGCCGACGGCGAUAAGCACCACAGGAACCACCACAAAAAACUGAACCUUGGCGACGACAUCGACACCAUGUCGUCUCUCCUCGCCGCACCUCCGCCCGACGCGCCCUCUGGCGAGCGCACUUGGUCGGACUCGCUACUCCCCAAACCCGACAGACAUCGCCCGCCGCAAGAGGUCGCCACGGAAAAACCACGCGACGACGACGAUGACGAUGGCGAAAUGCACGAAGACAGCUUCUUCCUAGAUCAGAUCUUCGCUCGCUACGGCGCUGCGGGCAGCCGACAUCUGAUGGACUUCUCUGGAUUCGAACACCUUCUCGUGCGGCUGGGACUCGCCACGCUCGGACCGGAGCUCACCCAGCACGUGUACUCCGAACACGCGACGAACAACGUCACGCACAACCCGCUACACGAACACAACGCGUCGCUAGAGGACGCCGCCGUCGCCGCUACCGCCGUGCAGUUAAAGGAGGAGGUGAAGCAUAGGCACCGACGCAGCGUCGACGUUGACGGUAACCAUGACAACUCACAUUGGCAUCCGGGCGAGCACUGGGACGCCGGAAAUGCGUCGAAGCCGGUGCGAAGGUGCAUGACACCGGGAGAAAUCCUGUUGUCCCUCAACCUGCACACGAACGACCACAUCAGCGAACACGCCUUCCUGCACGUGUGUCCGGCUAUCAUCUACGAACUGGACAUCGCCGACUGCGUGUCCCAGCUCGCCGCCGACAGAGGUCAAGGUCGCGGUCAAAGUUGGACGUCCGCCGUGGCCGAAGCGAUUGACGAAAACGGCUUCGACACGUUGUUUUCCAGUAUUGCUAGCAUCCCCGGUAAAGUGUGGGGCUACGCGACGCUCGCCAUCUUGGUGAUCUCUCUAUGCGGCCUGGGCGGAGUCGCCGUCGUGCCUCUGCUCAACAGAUCCUUCUACAGGCACGUGCUACACUUCCUAGUCGCUCUCGCUGUCGGCUCGUUGUCUGGAGAUGCUCUGCUGCAUCUGUUCCCGCACGCUCUUGGCAUACAUGCUCAGGAGGCAGGAAUAGACGAGCACGGAGUUUAUCGCACUAAGUACGAUGCGGUGUGGAAGGGCAUGACGGCGCUAGGCGGCAUCUUUGGCUUCUUUCUCAUCGAGCAGGUGAUACAGCUGGCAGGCGUGUGGAGGCAGGAGCGCACGCGCAGAAAGCAUCUCCAGCAGAAGCUGGGAGCCGCAGGCUACGACCGUAUGGCUCACCCGCACGCGGUGGGUCGUAAGCUGUCAAGCCACAAGAGAGACUCGAUCCUUUACAUGGAAGGUGUGUUUAUGCCGACGUCUGUGUCGUCGGUUGCCUUGAUGGUCAUCAUGGGAGACGGACUGCACAACUUCAGCGACGGGAUGGCCAUAGGUGCUGCCUUUGCCAACGACAUCGCUGGAGGCAUGAGCACGACACUGGCAGUGUUUUGUCACGAGUUGCCACACGAGUUAGGUGGGUUAUAG